CAGCAGCUGCUGUUUGCGCGGAUGGAGCUGAGCUGCGGCGUCGGGGGAAGGACUAGCCAGACGGCGGCUGCGACGACAGCGCUGCCACCCCCUGCUCCUCCGCCGGGGCCCGGGCUCCUGAUGGACGGCGAAAGUCCCGGAGGGGAGGAUUAUGAAAGCCUGCCCACCGGAGCCUCUCUGUACACGCACAUGACGGCCGGGGCGGUGGCCGGCAUCCUGGAGCACACGGUCAUGUACCCCGUGGACUCCGUCAAGACAAGGAUGCAGAGUUUGCAGCCUGACCCCAAAGCCCAGUACAACAGUGUCUUUGAAGCCUUGAAGAAGAUUAUCCACACUGAAGGCUUCUGGCGGCCAUUACGAGGGAUCAAUGUCACCAUGGUGGGAGCGGGCCCAGCCCACGCACUGUACUUUGCCUGCUACGAAAAACUGAAAAAGACUUUAAGUGACAUUAUUCAUGAUGGAGGGAACAGCCACCUGGCCAAUGGAGUAGCGGGAAGCAUGGCCACCCUCCUACAUGACGCUGUUAUGAAUCCAGCUGAAGUGGUGAAGCAGCGGAUGCAGAUGUACCAUUCUCCGUACAAGACAGUCUUGCAGUGUGUCAGGACACUGAGAAGGACUGAGGGGCUGGGGGCCUUUUACCGUAGCUAUACCACCCAGCUCACCAUGAACAUCCCGUUCCAGGCCAUCCACUUCAUCACCUAUGAAUUCAUGCAGGAGCAGAUCAACCCUCAGCGACAGUACAACCCUCAAACGCACAUUGUCUCGGGAGCUCUUGCUGGGGCUGUUGCAGCGGCAGCCACAACUCCUCUGGAUGUCUGCAAGACUCUCCUCAACACUCAGGAAAACAUGGCCUUAAGUUCUGUGAACAUCAGUGGGCACCUCUCAGGAAUGGCCAACGCAUUCAGGACAGUGUACCAGCUGGGGGGUGUCGCUGGGUAUUUUAAGGGGGUUCAAGCGCGAGUGAUAUACCAGAUGCCUUCAACUGCCAUUUCCUGGUCUGUGUACGAAUUCUUCAAGUACUUUCUUACAAAACGUGAGGCAAACAAAAAAACGCCAUGUUGAUAAAGCUGGCAUUGUAGCAGCGGCCCCAGAAUUGCCAAGACAGACACCUUGUGUGCAAAUUCUCCUGGCACUGUUUGUCAAUUUGGAAGGUUUCUGGUAGAUUCAUCGCCAUGUUCCAUUUUAGAUUUUGAAGUUCAUUUUCUCUCCUCCCCCUUUUGGCUAAACCAAAUUGUGUAAGGUCUGUUUUUUAAAAACAACAAUACAAGUAUUUAUAAUUUUAUUUCAGUUUGAUAAACUGUGAUACAGAGUUGUAAAAGAGUAUGUUGUUUCUUCACUGGAAUGCUUUUGACUGCCCAGAAAGAUUUCUGGGGGAUUGCUUUUUUUAAAAAAAACCAAACACACACAAAGAUAAAGCCUUUAAUUGAACAAAGUUUAUAUAGCGAAAUCGUGUAAUAUAAAUAGAUGGAUAAUAUUUAUCCUUUAUUUUUCUAUGUAGUUAGUUGGGUGGCUUGAAAAGUGUGGCAGCUGAUGACAGAGUGGUGGGGUUUUUUUUGGAAGUACUUAAUUGUUUUGCAGUAACCAGGAGCGCCAUUUCCUGGUUUUCCUGAACCAGAAGAUGUUUUAGCUCUAUAUUGUAGUGGCAAUGAAGUCCUCCAUCCCACAAAGUGCUUAGAUGCAUGCUCUGAACACCCAGCUUUAAAAGAUCUUGAUGCCAGCAAGACUCUGGAGUCCCAAGAACCUGUCUGAGAUGAGAAUCUUAUCCCUACAACUACGUCAAGAUCAGUGGCUGCUUUGGGAAAUCUCUUCCAGUGGUUUGCAUAACAGAGCAGAGAACUACUUCUAAGCAUAUUUUAGGAAAACACUUAAAGGUACAUUAAAAAACCUCCAAUUCUGAGCAGGUUUUGUGACUUUUAAUUUAUUCCUUCUCACAAAGUCCCCAGCCUUGCUUUGCACAUAACCUAACUGUCAUGCACAAGGAAGUCUCUUGCACUAGUGUGUAUAAAUUAACACUGACUGCCAAGUGUUUUGCAGGAGCGGGGCAUCAGUUUACAUUUCUGAAGAAUGCUCAAGUUGAGUUGCUUAUAGGUUUGUUUUUGAAAAAAUAAAGGACUGACCAGGGGAGACAGCUGUUAGCUGCAGUGCAGUGCGGCAAUCAGGCCUUGGAAAACCGAAGCCUUAAAACGGGAAAAGAAAGUCAAAAUCUAUUCCAAGCCAAAAGUCAGCAAUAUCUGCUGUCAGCCAUCUGAACUGUACAAAUGAAGGUGUGCAGAAGGGGUUUUAGGUCUUGUGUGAUAGCUUUGUUUUUUGCUGCUGUGAAACUUUAUGCUUUGUGUGGUGUCCAGGGGAAGGGUUCAUCAAAUCAACAUGCACAAAUACAUAGGUUCACUUUCCCCGUGUUAUGACAUCAUGGCACAAAUGUCGUCUAAUUCCUGGUUCUACAUCCUUGAUUGCUGUUUAUGAAAACAUCCAUGGUGUAAUAACAUGGUGUGAGUGACCCUAGCACAUAUGGGCUUUACAGAGAAGUCCUAUGCCAGGGAGAAGACUGGUUGAGUAGAACUCUUAAUUCUGCCUUGAAGCGACUCAUGAUCCAAAAUCUCUGGAGUCACCCUGAUGCCAAUGAGGCUAUAAAAUGAAUUGGAUUCAUGCUUCAGCUUCCAUGUUGAUGGGAGUUCUAAUCUGAAACUGUAGUAUGUCGUAUACUAUUGUCUAAGAGGCAGUUGCUAUUAUACCUAAAAACUGUUCACCAUUGCUAAAUUGUUCAGAAAGUACACCAGGUAUUUUCCCCCCGAUGCUUGUAUCUUUAUUUUAUUUUCAGAUUGUGUACAAUUGAUAGAAUUGUUUUCCUGUGUGUGUGUGUGAGAGUGUGUGUGUGUGUGCACAUGCUUGCAAAGAAAGGGUCUCUUUCUUAGCAGAGUCUUACAACAGCAAAAAGAAGAGGAGGUGUGAUUUGCAUUGGCAAGACAUCACUUGAAUUUCUAAACAACUUUAUCAUCUCUCUUGUCCUGUUUUUCUCAGUAGAUAGAUGUGAAACGGAAAGAUUAUUGUUGCCAAUCUUGCAGUAAAAACAAGGUUGUGUUUUUUUUUUAAGUGAAUGACUUCCAUGCGACUGAUGGUUUUAUUCAAGCCAGGUACUGCUUGAAUCCAGCCGUUGAGGUUCCUGUGCAUUGUAUUUAGUUUCUGAAAUGGUGCCCUCGACAUUGAGCACCAGACUGUAAAUGCAGGAUACAGGCUUAUAAGCAAAACCAGCCAGCAUCUGCAGAUUCCCUUAUCCUUGAAUGACUGGAUUGUCAAGGCAGCAAAUGCUGCUAUGUGAGGUUAUAAACAAGGCUACCAAAGUGUCCUAUCUUUGGUUGGGCAAAUGAAAUGACUGUGACACUACUAUUUAAAUCUGAAUGGCUAUGUAUUGGGGUCUGCAGCCUGGUCUUUAUUCAGUUGAAAAUAGACAUUAAAUUCCCAGUCUCUUUAGAGCCAGUAUCUGUAAUACUGAUCAUAGUAUUGUAGCUUUUCAGAGGUUCUAGGUAGAAACAAAAGAUGUUCUCAUGGACUGGGCAAGAAUAUAUCUUGCUUUUGAGGAUUGAAUUUGAGUCAGUUUUUGUAAACUGUCCAUCAGGAAACAUAGCAAAGUCCUUGAACAUUUAAAAGAAAAAAGCCUUGCAGACUAGGGAGCAUCAGCUCAGCAUGCGAGUCUUCCAUAUGUAGGGAUUUGUUUUUUGAAAGCCUGAGAGCUUGAACAUACCCAGCAGACUUUUUCCCUGUCUUUGAACAGCUGGUCUUUGAGCUAUAUCACAACCUGAUUUUCAAAGUCUUACCAGUUUCUAUAGCAGUUUGCCAGGUUGGAGUGGGGAGGUGCAACUUUUGUAUUUAGAUUGCACCCCACUGGCUGUUUUACAUGUGCCUGGGUCAGAUCUGCAUUUGAGAAUGGAUCAGCUGCUGUGGUCCAGAGUGGGGAGCUGCAGUUCCUGGAUGGAAGAUUAAUGGAAACUACACAUUACACUGCUUCUGGGUCUGCCCUGAGUCCUGUUAAGACCAGAUGUGACCUGGAAGUUGUGUGCCGAAAUGAAAUUUGCUGGCAUUGAUUAUGAUUAGGAAUGUGGGGAGGGGGCUUAGGCCUCCCCUCCUGUGCCGUUUGCGUGACCUGAAAAAGCCCUGGGGAGCUUCUGUUUGCCCUUUUUGGGGGCAAUCUUCCAUCAGUGUGCAUAAGUUUCCCCAACAGGACAGAUAGUUUCAGGUGGGGAAAACGGUGUGUGUGGCGGGGCUUAAAGUCCUCCCUUCAUACCACGGCCCUAAUCCAAAUCAGGGCUCUGCACUUAUACAGGCACUUAAUUUCCCAAAAUACUCAUUCCCAUUUGAAAGUGCUGUUUGCUUUUCCUGUAAUAUAGAUCUUGGGAUACUUCAUCAACUAGAAUGACCUUAGUGACUUCUUAGUAUUUCCUAAAGGAAGCCUCUGGAGAGGAAUUCUAGUAGCCCAACUCUGGUGGUCCAGAAUUCUGGAUUAUCACAUUUUAACUCUGAAUGUGUGGCACUCCUGUUUAUUUCUAAUAGAUAUGCAUUAAUGUUUUAAUUGCUGGAUCUUCAGUUUGAAGCACAUUAUAAAGUCAUGUCAGGGUGCAACUUAUCUUGGCUGGGAAUUCUCCAGCAAGACACAAAAAUAUACCACUUAAAAUGUAUUUGAAAGAGGUUUAAAAACAUAACACAUAGAAGCACACUCAUUGCUGCUUUGCCUGCUGAAACCGCACAUUAUUUUUUGGAUGAGGAUUUUUUUUUUUAACGUUUGCUGUUUUUAAAAUUGCCUUUUAAUGAAUUUACCAAUGUCAGCUUCUUAAAAAGAAUGUUUGGUAGGGCUGAAAGGUGAGUUUCUCAAAUGCUGCUACAGUUAUAACACUGGAUUUCCUGAAAUAAAUGAUUGAAUCUGUU